GUGCAAUGUGCAUUAAGCCAUGAGCGUGGUGGAGGUAGGGCUGCGCGUGGUGCGCGGCCCCGACUGGAACUGGGGCGCUCAGGACGGCGGGCUCGGCCACACGGGUACUGUCGUCGAGGUGGGUGGCAGCAACAGCGUCACCACACCCGACAAGACGGUCGUCGUCAUCUGGGACUCUGGCAACAAGACCAACUACCGCGUCGGUUACCAGAACGCACAUGACCUCUGCGUGUUCGACUCGGCGGCGGCUGGCGUGCACCACCCGCAGACGGUGUGCGCCGGCUGCAAGGAGCGCAACAUUCGCGGCAUGCGCUGGCGCUGCGCCGUCUGCCCGGAGCUGGACCUCUGCACGCCCUGCUACAUGCAGGACCGACACGACACCAGCCACCCCUGCGUGCGCUUCGAGCGGUCCACGCUGCCCGGUGUUGAGGUGCCGUGUCGCCGAGACAGCACCAAACAUCAACUCAAGGGCAUCUUCACCAACGCCAAGGUGGUGCGAGGCGUCGACUGGGAGUGGGGAGACCAGGACGGCAAUAAGGUGGGCCGCGUGACGGACAUCCACGGCUGGGACAACGAGUCGGGCCGCUCGGUGGCCAACGUCUCGUGGGUGACGGGCGUGCCCAACGUGUACCGGCUCGGCCACCAGGGCAAGGUCGACCUCAUGCACGUGACCAACGGCGAGGCGGGCGGCGGCCCCUGCUACCUGGAUCACCUGCCGGCGCUGGCAAGAGUCUUCUCAAUGGGAGACCGGGUCCAGGUGGCCGGCGACGCCGCCGCCCUGCAAGCGGCACAGGAGGGCCACGGCGGCUGGAACCCGCGCAUGAUGGACUUCAUCGGCCAGGCGGGAGUGGUGCACCGCAUCACGGACCGCGGCGACAUUCGCGUGCAGUACAGCAACGGCACGCGCUGGACUAUCAACCCGGCGGCGCUGGUGCGCGUCAGCCCGCUGGCCGUGGGCGACACGGUGCGCGUGCUGGAGGACGCGGCGCGCGUCCGACUCUUGCAGAAAGGCCACGGCGAGUGGAGUGACAUGAUGAAGGCCUGUCUCGGCAAGACGGGCCAGAUCACCAAGAUCUACGCGGACGGCGACCUGCGCGUCAGCGUGGACGGCCAGACGUGGACCAUCAACCCGAUGUGCGUGAGCCCGCUGUGUCCGGGCCCGCCGACCGCCGACCCCAACUCGAUGCGCAGCCGCGACAGGGACGACCAGCCCGGCGCCCUGGUAUCGUUCAUCAGCAGCUUCCUGGAGCAGCACAAGGAGACGUCGCUGGCCGACCGGCUGGUGCGGGACGCCGCCCAGGGCCGCACCGAGGCCGUGCGGCAGUGGCUGGAGAAGCAGCGCGACAAGGUGGACUGCAAGAGCAGCGGCCGCACUGCGCUGCAGCUGGCCUGCCACCAGGGCCACAUGGAGACGGUGCGGCUGCUGCUACACCGCCAGGCCAGCGUGGCCGCCACCGACGACGACGGCGACACACCGCUGCACUACUCCGCCUUCGGGAACCAGCCGGAGAUCAUGGAGCUGCUCAUCCGAAAGAGCUGCGAUGUCAACGCCACCAACCGGGGCCAGUGUUCGGCUCUGCACGUGUCGGUCAACAAACAGCAUGUGGGCUGCGUGCGCGUGCUGGUUAAGGCAGGAUGCGACCCCAACCUACAGGACAUGUACGGCGACACUGCCCUCCACGACGCCAUCGGAAAAGACAACCUGGAGAUCAUCGAGCUGCUCGGUAACGUGCCGGCGCUGGACUUCAAGAUCAAGAACAAGCGAGGCUUCAAUGUGCUGCAUCACGCCGCCCUGAAGGGCAAUAACUUCGCCGUGGAGAAGCUGCUGGCGCGCUCCCGCAACGCGGCCGACAUGCGGAAAGAGGACGGCUUCACGGCCCUGCACUUGGCCUGCCUGAACGGCCACGCGGCCGUGGUCGAGACGCUGGUCACGCAGAGCGGGUGCUGCCUGGACGCCGUCAACAACCGGCGCCAGACGCCGCUGCUGCUGGCCGUCUCCCAGCUGCACCUGGGCAUCGUGGAGUACCUGAUAAGCCGUGGAGCGUCCGUGCUGCUGGCCGACGAGGACGGGGACACGCCGCUGCACCUGGCCGGCCUCAAGCUGGCCGCGGCCGUCGAGGUUCGGCCCGGCGAGGCGCCGCUCAUUCACGGCAUCAAGGCGCACCUCGCCACGCAGGGUUCUGAGGUCAGCCUCGUCCAGGCGAUGGCCUGCUACCUGGCGCUGGAAGGCGCGCCGCUCGAGUGCACCAACAAGAAGGGUAGGACGCCGCUGGAGACGAUCCUCCGUGGCGGCGACAGGAAGUUCGCCGAAAUCGUGCAGUGGUACUCAGCGCAGCGCAGUGUGAGCCUCAAACUGGAGCUACCGUCGCUGUCUGACCUGACCCGGGAGCCGGCUGCUGCGGCAGCCACCGCCACCGCCACCAGCCCGUCGCAGUCGCCGGAAGAGCAGAGCGCCGCCGCGGUCGCCUCGCUCGCCGAAAAGACAGCCAAACUCAAGCUGGAUAGUGAUGAGGAGUCGUGCAUGGUAUGCUGCGAGCUGCCUGCCUGCGUCGAGUUCGAGCCGUGCGGACACCGCGUUACCUGCAACAUCUGCUGCGCCCGCAUGAAGAAGUGCGUCCGCUGCCAGACGGCCAUCACCGCCAAAAAGACGGCAGACGGGAACGUGCUGGCAUCGCGCGGUCGGGCGCCGAGCUCCGAACGCCUGCGUUACCUGGAGACGAAGAUCGCCGAAAUUGAGGAGGUCCACGGCUGUUCGAUCUGCAUGGAGAGGCGUCCGCAACGUCCGUGUUCCUGUGGCGGUCAUGGCGCGUGCGCGGUCUGUGCGCACGCGCUGCAGAAUUGCCACAUGUGCCGCAAAGCCAUCACGCAGAAGAUCAACAUCUACUGAGCGGCCAGCGCCGCGCCACCGGGUGCUCCGGUCGUCGCGCUGGGGCUGGCCGUGCACG